AUUUAUAACAGCAACAAAAUGAAUACAUCUACACUCAGCAUGAUACCAUCUUUCCUCAGUGUGAUUGGGAAAAGCUUCCUUUUAUGCUUCGAUGCAGGUCGCCCUUCAACAUACUAUCCCUGCAACGGACCCAGAGGCUGCGCUGUGAUUGGCAUGUAGGGGUUCGCCAUGAAGUUCACCAGGUGCGGUUACUUAUCGGCCGUCGCGUUACGCCUUACCCCGGCAGAUCAUCUACCUCGGUUUCCUUGCCAUGUAAUAGACUCCAAUCUCGCCAUUACUCAUACGAGCAAUUUAACUCUUUCUCCUCUUUAUUGAGAGAGAAAGGGGCCCAACUUGACGUCCUCGUACAGUGUCAAACACAAAAUAGCCCAAGGCAUUCAAUGCGGCGCAGGUAAAAGCGAAAGCGCUUAUGGUCACGCAUCCCUGGCGGAGUCCGAGUCAAGAGGAGCUGCUACCGUCUGGGUCGGCGGGGAUAGCAAUGCAUGAGUACGCAGAAGACAGCCAGGUCGCAAAGGAUAGAUCACGAAUCGAAGAGCAGCCUUCCGAUGGCGUCGAGGCAGGGGCAUCGCACGCCACCAUUAAUGACUAUGGCGAAGGCACAUCGUCGGGACAAGUAACCGAUAGCUCGGACACACCAUUGAUGCCAGCAUAUCGAGUGUACAGACGACGCUGGUUUGGGUUGGCGCAGCUAGUUCUGCUGAAUAUCAUUGUGAGCUGGAAUUGGCUUACCUUUUCUCCCGUCUCAACUACAUCCGCCCAAUUUUUUGGUGUCUCUGAAAGCGCAAUAAAUUGGCUUAGCACAGCAUUUUUAUUUGCCUUUUGCGUUGUCAGUCCAGUAGUAAUAUGGACCCUCAACAAAGGCGGCCCGAAACCUGCAAUUGUCACAUCAAGCAUCUUUGUGCUGGCAGGCAAUUGGAUUCGAUAUGGCGGAACUCGCGCAUCGCCACCUCGAUUCGGCGUCGUCAUGUUUGGUCAGGUUCUUAUCGGACUUGCGCAACCGUUUGUGCUUGCGGCUCCGACGAGAUACAGUGAUCUGUGGUUUACGGACCGAGGCCGUAUUUCUGCGACAGCAAUAGCAUCUUUAGCCAAUCCGUUUGGCGGCGCUCUUGGCCAAUUGGUUGACCCAUUUCUCGCAACUAAGCCGAGCGACAUGCCCAACAUGGUUCUCAUAGUUGCCAUUAUCGCAUCUGUUGCUUCUCUCCCCAGCUUCGUCAUUCCAGGCCGACCUCCUACGCCACCAAGCGCAUCGGCUGCGCAGACAAAAAUGCCAUUAAGGCAAGCUAUACGCACAGUCGUCAAGGCUAUUGACUUUUGGCUGCUCUUUAUUCCCUUCAGCAUCUACGUGGGUCUCUUCAACAGCAUAUCCUCUCUCCUCAAUCAAAUCCUCUCGCCCUACGGGUUCAGCGAAACCGAAGCGGGGAUCUGCGGCGCGCUCUUGAUUAUUGUCGGACUGGUCGCAUCCGCUGUUACUUCUCCCUUGAUCGACAAGUACAAGUUCUUCCUUGCAGCUAUUAAGCUCCUGGUUCCCAUUAUUGCGAUCUGUUACCUCGUGUUUAUAUUUGCGCCGCCCACGCGCACUGUUGCCGCGCCGUAUGUCAUUGCAUCGAUCCUUGGAGCUUCUUGUUUCAGUCUAGUUCCCGUGGCACUGGAAUGGUUGGUCGAGAUAUCGCAUCCCGUGAGUCCGGAGUUUUCGAGCACAGUGUGCUGGACUGGCGGACAGUUAUUGGGCGCUUGUUUCAUUCUGAUUGAGGAUGCGUUGAGAGAUGGGUCAACUCCUCAAACCCCUGGAAAGGGGAGGGAAUGGUGGCCGCAGGGAAAUCUGCAGCGCGCGCUAAUCUUCCAGGCUGUCAUCGCCGCUGUAGGUGUGCCUUUGGCGUUGUGUAUUGGACUAUGGGGGGAAGAAAAUAGCGGUGGGUUCUGGGGAAUGUUUAAAGGAAAGAGUGUAGGCAAGCGUUUGGCUGUGGAUUUACAUAGAGAUUCAACUAGUGGGAUUGUGAGGAGGAGCAGUGCAUCGGAAGAGGAACAGGUGAAUGUCUAGGGAAUGGGAGGAUGAUAGGCAUAAAGUCUGGUGGGAUCGUGA